UUCGACCGCGGUUUUCGCAUCCUGCUCUUCGUCAAGAUGACGUCCUCGUUACCUGGAAACCGCGACUUGCCCGUCUCGCAGUACGAUCUGGGCACAUACUGGGGUCGCGUGCAGCACUCAGCAAAUAUAUCGGAUCCGAGAACCCUCCUCACCUCGUCAGCCAGCCUCGAAAAUGCAAAGAAGCUCGUCACCGCGUACAAGACGGGCAAGAUCCCAGAUAUGACACCGGAGCUGUGGAACGCAAAGAAGAUCAUCGACUCUACCAUACAUCCAGACACGGGACAGCCAGUCUUUCUGCCUUUCCGCAUGUCGAGCUUUGUUCUGACCAACCUGGUCGUCACGGCUGGGAUGCUCACACCAGGUCUUGGGACGGCGGGAACACUAGGAUGGCAAGUCACCAACCAGUCGGUCAACGUCGGAAUCAACUUCUCCAACGCGAAUAAGUCGGUCCCGCUCUCUACCUCAACCAUCGUCCAGUCAUACCUCACGGCCGUCAGCGCAUCCUGCGGUGUCGCACUCGGUCUCAACGCGCUGGUGCCCCGCCUUAAGAGCCUCUCGCCCAAUGCAAAAGUCAUCGCGGGUCGGUUAGUGCCUUUCGCGGCUGUCGCAACAGCGGGUGCGCUCAAUGUGUUCUUGAUGCGCGGCGAGGAGAUCAGGCAGGGCAUCGACGUGUACCCCGCGCUAUCAGAAGCUGAGCGACAGCGAGUAGAUACAGGCGAUCUCGAGAUCAAGCCAUUGGGCAAGAGCAAGAAAGCGGCCACACUGGCAGUGGGAGAAACAGCGCUGAGUCGUGUGCUCAAUGCAACGCCGAUCAUGGUGCUGCCUCCUCUGAUUCUUGUUAGGCUGCAGAAGACCGAGUGGCUUAAGCAGAGGCCUAGGAUGGUGACUCCUGUUAACCUGGGACUUAUUUUCACGACGUCCAUCUUCGCACUACCGCUUGCGCUCGCUGCGUUCCCACAACGUCAAGCUAUUAGUGCGAAGACACUUGAGCCCGAGUUUCAUGAGCGCGGUGGCAAGGAUGGAAUGGUGGAGUUUAACCGUGGGAUAUGAUGGACCGGUAUUAUAGGUAACAUUGACGGUGCUAGUGUAUAGGGACAGCGGCAACUGGGAUAUAGUGUGAGCCUCAAAAGACACAUGCAUGAUUCUGCAGAGCAUGAAGCGUGGCUGCAAGUUGCAAGUAGAGGACAUGGUCGCGCUGCUGCAUUGCGGCGAAGACGGGUGUCCUGACGAUGUGAUUGGCUAGAGCACCCAAAGGAUCUCGAAAGUCGUGCAUAGUACUCGACAAAAGAACUACAUAAGACCAAAUGUCCUCAUUCCAAAAGCAGCUCUAGGCAGCAGUGAAUUAAGCUUUAGAUAAAACAGCAAUCUUAACUCGUGACG